UUUCACAAGCAGGGUAUUAUGUGUGAGACAACCACAAUGAUGCUGAGAUAUUAGUAAAACUUCGGACCUCAAUUAUCUACGGCGGGAAACGAACGCGCCAUUGUCCUUUCCGGGCAAUUUCGACUGCGAAAGAGAGAUUCAGAUUCUAGAACGAGAUAUUCGACAACAAAAAGAAUCCAGUGUAAACGCAAAAACGGCCAUAACUUUCGAACAGUUGAGAAAAAUUCAUAAUUUGGGAAAACUUCUUGGUCCUCAGAAGGAAGUGUUCUUCGACAGAAUAUGUCGCGCAGCUGACAUACAACGAGCGUCAUUGAAGAAUCGUCUGAAACAGAAUAAAGAGGUAGGAGACGAAUAUACCCCAAGAACGCCAUCAUCAUCUACGGCCGAAAUGGCAUCGAUCUUCGGCGCAGGAAGCGUAGCUGAGCAAGAUUGGAAGCUACCAGCUGAACGUUCUCUGGAUCUCAUGCAUUUAGGAUUUUCAUUUGAUGAAGUUAAACAGGUAAGAGUACUGACACUGUUUGCGAAUUUCAUAUCGCUGUCCGUUCCUGAUAACCUGAAAUUACUGUCAUAUUCAUUCAACUUGUUGGAGAUGGGUUACUCACGGCAAGAAGUUGCUCGACUUCUUGUCAAAGAGCGUCGCCGAGUGAGUAUGUCCCAUUCGAGAGAUGUUCCAUUAGGGAAGACCCGACUCGAUACGAACAUCUCUUCACGAUCGACUCGGAUCAUCGGCUCCUAUGAAGACGAAGACGGCGAGAAGUUAGCCGAAUAA